ACUGAGACGGAGUGCCGGGGGGUGAAACCUGUCCGCGGCGCCUUGCUGGAAAGCCAUCCACCCCACGGCUAGCUCUGCCCGUGCACUAUUAGCAUGUGACAGGCUGGCCAGCUUUGAGUUACGUCCCUCAUCAUUAUUGUUUUUCUCUUAUUUCGUGCACCGCUUCCGCGUUUGCCGUCUGUCUCUCGCCGGCGUCAGGUUUGCCAGCUGAACGUGCAGCCUUUUAUUUUGCGACGCUGUUUAACGCUUUAUUUUUCUUUCCUUUUUGGGGUAAAAUGGCUGACACUUGAUCAAGCUGGGCCACGAGGAGAGCCGAGGCUUCCCCUGUUUUUCUUCUAAGGAUGUAAAUUAUCCUUAUUAAACCUUUUGUUUUUUACACUGGCUGGCGCAGUGAAACUUGCAAAAAGGUUAUUCGUCGUCCCCCGUGUAAGACUGCCAACAAAGAGAAGCGGUCUUACCAGAAAGCGUUAUAUUAGUUAUCUGGUUUUAAUCUAGAGAUCUGCUCUUGAUCAAGAAUAAUUCUUCUUCUCCCCAAAGACGCCAUAGUUCCUCCUCGCCCCCCCCAGGAUUUUAUAUCAUGGCAAAAGAUGUUGGUGUGAUUGAAACCAAUGGAGAGCUGAAGGUUUUUGUCGACCAGAAUCUGAGUCCCAGCAAAGGGGUCCUGUCGCUGGUGACUGUCCACCCGUCGCCUGUCACUCUGGGGAAGCAGCUUCUGCCAAAAACGCUUGGGCCCUCCAAUGUCAACAUCGCGCCGCAUGUGGUGAUAGGCACCCCCCAGAGGCCCAGUGCAUCCAGUGCUGUCCUGGUGGCCAGUCCACACACACCCAGUAGCCAGUUCCUCUCCCAGAGUCAGCCAUCCGACUCCUCGCCCUGGUCCACUGGGAAGCGCAGCAAGAAGGGCGAGAAGAAUGGCAAAGGGCUGAGACAUUUCUCCAUGAAGGUGUGCGAGAAGGUCCAGAGGAAGGGAAUCACCACCUACAAUGAGGUCGCCGACGAGCUAGUGGCAGAGUUCAGCUCCUCUGACAACAACAUCUCCCCCAAUGACUCUCACGUGUAUGACCAGAAGAACAUCCGGCGCCGUGUCUACGAUGCAUUGAAUGUCCUGAUGGCCAUGAACAUCAUCUCCAAGGAGAAGAAGGAGAUCAAGUGGAUCGGCCUACCCACUAAUUCUGCCCAGGAGUGCCAGAACUUGGAGGUGGAGAGGCAGCGCCGACUCGAGAGGAUAAAGCAAAAACAAUCCCAGCUGCAGGAACUGAUUUUGCAGCAAAUUGCCUUUAAGAAGCUGGUUCAGAGGAAUAGGCAGCUGGAGCAGCAGACCAAGAGACCUCCUCCACCAAAUUCUGUCAUUCACCUGCCUUUCAUCAUCGUCAACACCAGCAAGAAGACGGUCAUUGACUGUAGCAUCUCCAAUGACAAAUUUGAAUAUCUCUUCAACUUCGAUAAUAUGUUUGAGAUCCACGACGACAUAGAGGUGCUAAAGAGGAUGGGAAUGGCAUGUGGGCUGGAGGCAGGGAAGUGUUCCCCGGAGGACCUUAAGAUCGCUCGCAGUCUAGUGCCCAGAGCCUUGGAGCCUUAUGUUACAGAAAUGGCUCAGGGAUCGAUAAGCAACGUGUACAUAACAGGAGUGUCGUCUAAUGGUGGGCGGGGCCUUGCUGGCAGUGAGAGUGUUGAUGGUACUAUGGCGUCCAGCUCCAACGGCUCCCACUACAGUGGCUCACGGGUGGAGACCCCCGUUUCCUACAUGGAUGAGGAGGAUGAGGACGACGACUACGACGAGAAUGAUGACGACGAUUAAUCCUGUCCAUUUUGGUUUCAUUCCCUAUAGCCAUCUUCAUUGAAGUUCUUCCUGUGUUCUUUUCUUUGUCCCUCCCCCCAUUUAUUUUUUUGAGAUGGGGAGUGAGGGUUAUUAGGGGUGUGUCCCAUCCUCAUUCCCAGUAGACUUUGUCCCCGUCCUGCUUCCCCAGCUAUGUUGUUUUUUUCGUUUCUUUUUAAGACUGUUGGAAGCAACCUCAGCUGAUGGUUGCAGGAUACUAAACAAAUUCCAGCCUGUCCAAUAGAUUGUCUCCAAAACGCACCCCCCUCCCCCAAACACCCCCUCAAGGACAUAGCAUUAAGCUGUGAUUGCUCUGACUGACCAGCUAUAAUGAUUGAAGAUGGUUAAUUCCCAAAGACUGGAUUAUGAAAUCUUUAAAUGGAUGAGGUUGCUUGUGAAAGAUCGCGCCAGUGUGUGUGUGUGUGUGUGAUUACUUUUGUAUCAUUUAUAGCUUUUUUUGUGUGCGUGUCUAUGUGUGCGUGACUGUGUCUCUGUGCGUGUGGCCUCCCCAUGUCUUUCCUUUAGUUGGCUUCCUGCCGCUUUGUGGGCAGCUGUCUCUGCAAUCGAAUGUUUGUGAUGAAUUGCUGUCCGGGAGUUUGCCUGGUUCUCCAAGCCAGUGUUUCUCUAACCAGUCCUCGGGGACCCCACUGGGGGCUGGGAGGGAGCAAAAAUGUGGACUGUCUGGGAGGGAGCAAAAAUGUGGACUGUCUGGGAGGGAGCAAAAAUGUGGACUGUCUGGGGGACCCUGAGAACUGGCUUGAGAGACACUGCUCUAAGCAGCAAUACUCCCAUUUCUGUUUACAUUAACUGCCGAUUCGGGGUGUCCAAGGAGGAACUCUAUCCACAUGCUAUAUGUGAAGGUUUUUUUUUCUUUAAUAGUGCGACUAAUCAAAUCCUAAAGCUUUAUCUAUAUAAAGAUCAACUGUGGAAUGGGGAGGAAAGUCGAGAUUUUCUUCUGUCCAAAAAAGGGGAUCUCUGGUGUACAGCUUUUCCCGGAUGCCUCUUGUCUCUUUAUCUCUCUCUCUCAUAAUCUAAUUUAAGUUUGACUAUAGAAUUAUAGAAUUAAAUAUAGAAUGUUUUAACAAGGUUUUUUGUUACUCGUAUUUUUAUUUUUUUUUUCUCGUUUGAAUUGUAUGAAAUUUUUUAACGCAGUGUAGUUUGCAUAUUAAGCUAUGUAUAGUGAAGACCACUGUGCUCUGACUGACCUGUAACUGAAAUGUCAGAGGCGGCCUGGCAUUGCCCUGUCGCCGCCCUGCUGCUGGUUCAGAUUGCGGGAUCGAUUGUGGUCCGAAGCCCAUUCAUUUCUGUAAUACGCUGUUUGGGAAGGCAAGGAGUGGAUAACUAAGGGAAUGACAGCAGCUACUAGCACACACUAUUCUUGCCAAUCGUAGAUAUUCCUGUGUGCAAAAAGAAUCUGUAGACAGUUAAUUCUUGAGCUGUUUGAAAUUGCAUGUAGGUCUCGUUUGUAAAUUGAAAUGUUUUGAUCUACAUUUUCAAUGUUUCAAAUUUCAGGUAAACCUGAAAUUGUGUCGUCAGGUAGGAAGUAAUAUUGCUUGGCUAUUCUACUAUUGUCAAGCUUAGUUGAUUAGGUGGUGGUACCAUAGAGUCCUGCCACUUGCAUUUACGGAGUUGCUGGAACCUUUUAACUUUCCAUGGAUUUGGGCUUUGGACAGAUUGUUUGAUUGUGUAGUGCUUUACAACUUCGGGGGGGAUGAUUAAUCUGUAGUCUCCAAGUGUUUCACUUCAAUUUGAGUUUGACUGUUUGUUAUGCAGCCCGAGGUCUUCAUUCUUGUACUAACGAGUACUUUGCUUGUCCUCAGCCCUUUAACUAUACUGUUGGAAUAGGGACAAAGUCCUUCUCUCUGACUCAUAACACUGUUGGGUUUUCUUAAAUAAAAAGACACAGGUGUGUUCAUUUUUUUA